CGAACCUCAAUCUUUGCGCCUCAGAUUCCCCUGGGUGAGCUGGGAUCGCUUUCGCUCGGCAGCGACGAAUGGAGCGAGUCGGCAACUGUUGGGGACUACCAGUCGGAAGAGUUCGGAACCACCUACACGGAAGGCACCACAGUGGAGAAAGGUACGGCAAAAACUGUGGAAUGGCCUUCUUCCGAAGUCCCUCCCUGCACGCGAGUUGUUGGGAAGAUGCUUGGCACUAAACGAGUUGUCGAGGUGCCGUUCACUGCGCGCUUGAAGCCGGCAAGCGCGGCUCCAGACAAUUGCAACUAUGAGGUCCGCGGUACGUUCAAGGGGGUAGAAAUUACAACGGUGCGUCUCAAGGUUGAGGAGGACAAUGACUUCGAGUUUGACGGAGCUUGCGCGUCUUUCUCCGAUGCGGCGUCACCGCCAUCGCCGCCGCCUCCGCCAUCUGGCCAGGGAGAUGAACCCAAGAAAGACAUCCCCGGAAGCGACACCAUUGACGACAACUCCGACGACGACUACAGCAACUCCAGCGACGGCAUCGCCCCAAUCGUUGGAGGCGCCGUUGGAGGCCUUGUUGCUACCUUCGUGUUAGUCAUCGUCCUCGUCUACCUCCUCAAGAAGCGCGCCCAACCCAAGGUCCCACCCGCAUGCCCACCCGUCACCGUCGGCGUCGAGGUGCACGCUGCGGCCCCACCGCCUGCAGGCAGCGCGCGCCUCAGCACCUAGCCGGUAGUGCGCGCGCGGGCGAAGCCACCAUAGUGCAACGCGAGCACAACCAAGCAAGGCACGCAUGUAAUUUGCAGAUCGAUCACCCGAUCAUCGCUGCAUGCGCGGGCCUUGGUCCGCGGUACCGCUGGACGGCAUUGGGCCAAUCCUUGAGUGAGCGCUGAACACUGACUGUGCGUGAGAGGGGGUGGGCGGUACCUGGUGUGGGGACUUGGGAGAACCGUGGCAGUCUAGUCUAGCGUGCGUGCAGCGGUGGCUCGGAGCGUAAGCGCUCUCGAGCCACGGUCUGUGGCCGGGCUCGAUUCCGGCACGGGGCCCGCAGCGCUGUCACCUGUCAGCCUACGUCUCUGGACUGCCGUCGCCGUGGUGCGAUUUCUCUUUUUCCUAUGGAAAGUGGAAUUCUUC